AUGGGCAGACUCUCCCACGAAUCCUCUAGCUCGCGCUCCUCCAUCGACACCACCUUAAACGGCGAAGGCCUNCCCCUCUACUCGGACAUCUCCGUCGCUUCACCUUCCGACCUCACUGCUCCAGGAGAAAAAGCAACACCGGACGAAGUACGCGACUUUCUUGUACAACUACUUAUCAAGAACAGAGGACUACACCCAGACCACGCAAGAAGGGUAGCUGCAAAAUGGACGCUGGGCACCGGUCGCGAGCUGACCACUUAUCCACCUUUGCUGUAUGCAGAAAUCUUUGGCUUGGAAGAUGCCUGGAUGGUAUACAAAGAGGCAAAACUCUUUAUCCGCACGGAGAAGAAUAAAGAUACGCCAAAUGGAUCGUGUAAGUCAUGUUUUUCUUCUCAAUCUGUCUUGGAUUAUACUGAUGUGCUCUCGACACAACCAGGGAUUGCGGUCGGAGUCUGCUUGGUCAUCUUUGGUGUUGCACUGACGACGGCCUUGUUGACGGAUUUCGAUAACUGGCCUUUUGUCAAGGUCGUCGCUGUCAUUGCCAGUGGUCUAUCGGGCAUGAUUUCGUUUGUCGCUGUCAUGUGUGCCAUCUUUGACAAAACGACCGAGGAGACUAAGAUUGAGAAUGAGCUGACUGCCGGUCUGGUCAAGAAGAGUAAGGACUAA